AUGCGUUUCAAGAACUCUCAAAUGGAAUGGAACCGCUUCAAAAAGAACUUCAUAAAGUCAUCGGCAACCAAUGUUUUACCUCCUUUGAAGAAACAAAGAGAUGCUGUUGAUGCAGUUCCUCAAGUUCAUCCUGACGCAAAACCCAAGUCUAAACAGGCAAAUGGACAUUUGAAGUUAGUAAUGAACAGGAACCAAAAGAUGCUCAAAGCUAACCAAGGACUCUUGAAAGGUGUCGAUGGACAUUACUACAUGAGAGACACAAUUCAAGAUGGUUCACAACCUCCAGAAAAAUCCAAGUCUGCAAUGUCUUAUCAGGAAAAUUCGUUGUCGCAAUCAUACGACUCUCAGAGAUAA